AUGACCGUCGGCUGCAGGAAUAUUCAAACACAUGAAUGGCGACCCGAACAGACUUUUGGGAUAACACACGAAUUGCGUCCUGAACCGACUUCAGAGUGCCUGUACCAGCGGGGCCCACCAGGUAUUCGGGACCACCCAACAAUAACUAUGACCGGCCAUGGCAGACUUGUCACCGGUGCAACCAACCACUACAUGAAAGAUUGCCAGCUCAACACCGAUCAUGCCCAAGAAAUUACACCCCAGCAUCAUCUGGGCCUACCUGAUCAGCCUGGGCUCUCUGUGUGGG